AUAGUGCUGGUCAGCAGCGAAGUACCUUCCGCUGAUCAGCAAGUGAUUUGGACAGUUGAUUCUUCCUUGAAAGGUCAAGCGAUUGGAUGGCUCUCGUGUUUCGCUCGCAUCGGGAGAGUCGCUCGUUGAAUAGCUUUUGCGAAUUCACCUUCAGCGACAUUCGCUUUCGAGAAUUUACCGACACUCACUUUCGCGAAUCCACCUUCUGCGACACUCACUUUCGCGGAUUCACCUUCUGCGGCACGCGCUUUCGCAGUGAUGAGAGCCGCCGCUAUCGUCGUGUUGCUCGUCUUGCUAGCGGGCUCGGUUUUAGUUCCGCAGGCGAUCGCCGUGUCCAAUCACGGCCUGCCGUGUGGCGUGUCGGUGGUGAAAGGACGGCGGCAAUCUCAAGAAGAUAGAGUUGUCUGCUCCGCUCUUAUCCCUGUUCCAGCCUUCGAUACUGUCACCCGAGACGGCUCAACUCACCAGUGGGCCGUGCAGGCAGUGGGGGUGCUGGAUGGCCACGGGGGAGGCGAGGCGAGCCAGCUCGCCGCCUCCCGCCUCCUGCCCCUCCUCCGAUCCAGACUCGCUGCCCUGCCUGCUGUCAAUCGCAAGGCGGCCUCAGAGUCGGCUCAAACGCCUGCGCUGAACCAGAAGCGGCCGCAAGCGAACCGCGAGGAACUGCCCACGGCACAUGCAGGCGGGCGUGGUGGUGACACGGGUGGUGAGGGUGCGAGAGAUGGCAGAAGGCGGGAGGAUGGUGCUGGUGAACGGAAGGAGGAGAGGGAUAAGGAGGUGGGGAAGGAGGAGGAGGGUGGGGAGAGGGAGAGUGAGAGGGAGUCGGAGGAGCAGGAGCGGGUGAGGAAGCGGUUGCUCGAAGGAGUGUUGGCUGGUGCACUUGCAGACGUGGACAAGGAAUUCGCACAGGAAGCUCACAAGCGCCGCUGGUGGUCGGGCUCCACAGCUGCUGUGGCCCUGCUUGUCUUCCACCAGAUCCUGCCCGCCCUCCCUCCCACCCACCACCGCCACACGCCCUCUCAACACGCAUCUUUCCCCACCCAAGGGGUCGUGCCAGACUGGCAACUGCUGCAUGUGGCAGUGGCCAACAUAGGGGACUCCAAAGUGUUUGUGUGUGGGGCCGAGCAGCAUGCAGCGAGGGUGGUGGAGGGGCACGAGAAGCAGUGGGGGGGUGCAGGAGUGGAGGAGCAGCGAGAAAGGCCUCAGGGGCUCGUGGAUGGAGCACAGGGUGUGUUGUUGCUGGAGACUGCUGAAGCCAAGGCUGGGAUGCACCCUUCUCCCAUGGCUCCUGAAGCCAAGGCUCGGAAGCUUCCCGUAGACUCAGAAGCUAAGGCACAUGCUCUUGCAGCAACAGGAGUGCGUGAGUGGAGUUGGCCCUUUGAGAGAGCUUUGAAGAGGGGGAGGCGGCCCGUGACAGCGUGUGGGUGCAAGCAGGCAGCAGAGCAGAAAGUGGAUGGACAAGGUGGGUCAGCCCCUCUACUGAAAUGGCUGCCUGCACCGCAUGCCACAGCAGCCUGCUGCUCAUCUCAUUCAAGACGGAUUUCUUGCCUUCCGCUCUCCAUCUACCGUUUCUAUUUGUUGGGCGUGGUUCAUUUACCGUACCGUUCCUCCCUCCCUCCCUCUUUUGUCUCAGAGCUUCGGCGCCUGGCGAUCUUGCACAGGCGACAGCAGCGCCUUCGCCGCCGGCAGCAGCAGAGGCCGCAGUCAAAUUCUGAGGCGCUUACAAGUCGUAGGCAGGAGGUGAAGCAUUCUUCACACCAGCUGAAAAAGCAGGAAGCUCAAGCGUUGCCCAUGCCCUACCAGGAGCACAACCACAGAACUGAGCAGCAGCAGCAGCAGCAGCAGUUGUCGGAGCAGCAACAAUGGUCAACCAUGUGUCACCAGGAAAAUAGCGCAGUUUCAGGGGCUCCACGGCAGCGUCAGAAUCUCGCCCCUAUUUGCACGGCAGAGCUCACAGAGGGCCACAGGGUAGGCAGGGAGAACAAGAGGAGUCGAGACUCUUCUAGUCGACCCAAGAAGCGACGUUCUGCCCUGCUGUGCACCACAGAGCUUACAGAGGACCACAGGGCGGACAGGGAGGACGAGAGGAGGAGGGUGGAGGCAGCGGGCGGCAGAGUGGAGGAGAGGGGCGGUGUGCCGCGUGUGCAGGGCGAGCUGGCCGUGUCCAGAGCCAUAGGGGACCUGCAGUACCGGCCAUGGGUGGUGGCCACCCCGGAGAUCACCGAGUGGGUGGUGAGGCGUGGGGCGUGGAGGCCUGUUGGUAGGAAUGGGCAGUGCGAUAGUGAGGGUGUGGAAGCUCGAGGAGAAGAUGCGGCGGUGAGUGAGGAGUUGAGAGGGAAGGAGAGUGACGAAGGGGGGUGGGGUUGCGCCAGAGCUAUGAGUGGCAGUGGGGCUUUGGAUGAUCAAGAGACUAAUGCGUGGCAAAAGGGUCAAUGGGGUUCGGAGGAGGAGUGUGGAAGGGAGCAUGUAGGGAGUGAGCGGGAUGGAGAGGAGGCGGAUGCUGAUGGGGAGGGCGAAGGGGAGUACCUGAUAGUGGCGACAGAUGGCGUGUUUGAGCGAAUGAAACCGUGCCAGGUGUGCGGUAUUGUGGGCAGGGCAAUGCACGACCAGAGAAGGAGGGCGGCUCAGGGGUUGAGAGCAAGGGGCCGGGGGAUGGAGUCGAGCAGGGGAAACUCGGGCAGAGAGAGCCACAGGAUUGGUGAUGAUGCGCAUGAUGGUGGUGAUGGUGACGAGGAGGAGGAUGGGGAGGAGGAUGAGGAUUGGGCGCUUGACAGUGCUGCUGCGUCAGCUCGUGGCACCCAACUCACAGGCCUGCCAUCACUCCAUGCCAUUCCACUGCCUGUGGGAAGGCAGGAGGGCAGCGACGGCGCAGCACUUGCUUUAAAGAGCGAGAAAAAACGGGUUGCAGGGGAUAAUAAUGGGGCACAGGGGGGCUUAACGGUGCAGGUGCAGCAGGGGGAGGACAUACAAGAGCAGCAGCAGAAGAGAGAGCAGCAGGAGCAGCAGCAGCAGCUGGUGCUGCAGAGGGGGCAGCUGCCAUUCUGCUGGAUGCUAGAGGGAAUGGAGCAGGGCCCGAUCAUGUGCAUGCGCAGGGAGGGUGAGCAGGAGACGGUGUUGGCAUGCGGGCAGGAAAACGCACAUCGGCAUGAAAACGCUGUAGGCGCGAUUGCUGGAGGGGGUGCUCAGCCGGCAGAGGAGAAGCAGGUGCGUGUGCAAGGAGGGGAGGGGAGGGCGCAGCAGCUGCAGCGGCAAACGAACGGGCAGGUGGCAGUGAGAGGAGAGACAAGGGUGGUGGAGGCGAGGAGGUGGGAUCCUGCGAGGGUGUGUUGGGAGGGGAGUGCGGAGAGGGAGGAGGUUGGUGAGUUGGCAGAGACAAUCACCAGAGAGGCCAUCCAGCGAGGCACGUUGGACAAUGUGGCUGUUGUUGUGCUGAAGCUGUCGCAUUCGCACUCACGUUCCCAUGCACGUUUCCAGCCACCUGCUCACUCAGAAGCUCGCAUGUGUAGCCGUCGCUUACACACCCACGCCUCAACCUCUGUUGUACCACUCCCUGCCGCCCAAGAUACAUCUCGUGCUACAUCUCCUGCAACUCCAGAAUCACCCAUGCCUCCUGACUCAACCACCCCUACGUCAUGGCAACGCACGAGCUCGGAACAGCAGAUUAGUCGGCCGGUCGUUCCUCCCACCGGUCCUCCCAGCAGCAACCUCGUUUCUUCCUUCGCCAGAAGCUUUGGUUCUGCCUCUCAGCUUCGACCAAUUCCAAAGCUUGCUCUGCAAGCAAGGCCCACUGUCGCGAUUCUCGUGGGUCCAGUUCCACCGCAAGAGCGAAGUUUGCCCUCUGAGGCACCUCCAGAGCACGAGAACAGCCCAGCCCCGGGCAUCCCAUCCACCCACUGUUACGAGCUGCUGAAGCCCCUUCCUGCCUCGGCUGCUCGCCCUUCCCUUGUGCCCUUGUGGCAUGACCGCUCUGGGCUCAGGUCCUCGCCCCACCUUCACCAUUCCCGCCCCGCUCUGGGGCGCAUUCGAGAGGCUCGGCACGGGCCAGCACUUCCUGCUGACUCCUCCAAUCCCGUAGCAGCAAGUGCCACAGCGGUUGGGUCUGCUGUCCAAGCCCUGUUUCACCGCAAGAGCAGCAGCAGCAGCAGCAGCAGCAGCAGCAGCAGCAGCAGCAGCAGCAGCAGCAGCAGCAGCAGCAGCAGCAGUUCACGCAACGCCGUGAAAGGCGCCACCAGCAGCAGCGAUGGUGAUCGAAGCAGCAAUGCUGCUAGCAAUUUCAACAUGCGACGGGAGGCAGAAGAUUUUGACCAAUCAGCUGAAACUCGUCCUGGCAGCCAGCUGGCUGCACUUGGCUCACGUGCUGUAAUGGAGGCCUUGCAGUGUCUGCUCAUCUGGCCCCCGUUACAGUCACACCCUUCAACCCAUGCCGUCCCGUCCAGCGAUCAUCUCACCACUCUGCACUCGUCAAAAUCGCUUCAACCCUUGGGACGUCCACCAGCCUUUUCACCGCAUCAAACCCCAGCUCCGGACCAUAUCCCACCUUACGACCAAAUAUCAACUCACACUCACCCGCCCAACCCAGAGGACGUGCCUUUGACUAAGCCCCUCAAACCCCUCGUUCACUCUUCCACAAUGCAUUUCCCUAGCUCCCUCACACACUCCCCUCUCUCGCUCCCUAUUGGAGUUCCGCACUCCGAACCAAGCACCAGCGCGUUCCGGCUUCCAGCCACAAGCUUGGCGAUCCCCGCACCUCUCGGACUGGUUCGGUUCCUGAACCUGCUAGGCUCGGUGCCGCUGGUCCGACCAGGCCUCGCAGGAAGAAGUGUUACAGGAAUAGACACGGAGGGAGGGGGGAGAGACAGGUUGGUGCUUCAGGUUCGGGCGGAGGAAAGGGAGGUGAUAGACGAAAGGAGCGCGGAGGAGGAGAGAGGUGGGGAAGAGGAAGAAUGGGGGAGUGCUGAUGUGGCGGAUGAAGAUUGGGCAAGGCAUCAGAUGGGAUUCGUGCAUCGCAGGUACGAAUUGCAGAAGAACUUUGCAAGGGGGGGAUUCGGCGAGGUGUGGCUGGCAGUGAGGAGGGAGCCGUGCCAGAAGGCGAGGAAUACUUGGAUGCCUGGAGACGCCUCAGCUGCUGCUGCGCUUCUUGCUACGUCUGCUGCUGUUGCUGCUGCUUCUGACGCUGCCCUGUCCUUUCCCUUAUCCACAGGCAAUUCUGGCACUGUCAGCAGUGGCAGCGUUAGUGGGGACAGACACAGUCGUGGCGGCAGCAGCAGCUGCUGUGGCAGAGAAAACUGUGCCAGAAACAGUGCCAGUGUCAGUGCAAGCAGUUCUGCAGCAGCGACUUUGGCUGCCAGUCCCACUUUGGAGCGUAAUUCAGGAUCAGUUAUCCUUGCCAGUGGGCCGAGUAAGAGGUUGACAGUAGGGAGAAGAGAGGAGGAAAGUGAGCUCUUACAUGAGGUGGUGCAUUCCCCAGCCUGGCAAGAAAAGGCCGAGGACAACGAGGAGGAGGAGGAGGAAGGGGCGGAGGAGAAAGAUGAAGGGGAGGGGGAGAAAGGGGAAGGGGAGGAGGAGGAGGGGGACGAGGAGGAUGCACCCCCACUGUUUGUGCUGAAGAGACUUUUGGCGGGGGAGGGAGCACGGCUGAGCGGGCUCCGAGAGAAGUACUUUGGGGAGAUGCUGCUCAAUGCGACCAAUGUGGUGCUGCCACGUGGCACUGGGCACGGAAGCGACGAGAAUGACGUUUUGCGUGACCGAGGGGUGCCUGGUGAUGAUUUUGAUGCGGUGCAUGGUGCUGAAGACCCCAUGAGUGGCUUGGACGACAAUGUGGUUGAUGCCAUGGGGUUGAACCACAUUGCUCGCUACGUGGAGUCGUUUGAAACCACCAGCGACACCGCCACUAGUGGUGACGUCAACGGUGACGCCCGCAGCGACGUCAGCGGUGAAGGGCGCAGCGAGGAUCUGUGGCUGGUGUUUGUUCACGAGGGGGUGUCGCUCUCCUCUCUGCUGUACACGAGUGAGGGAGAGGAGGGAGAUGUGGGAGAGAAAGUAGAGGAGGGAGGGGAAGUUGAAGAGGAGGAGAAAAACGAGGAUGGAGGUAAGGGAAGGGAAGGAACGGAACAAGCUGAGGGGGAGAAAGGAGAGGGCGCAGACGAAUACGGAAUGAUGGGGGGAGCAGGGGAGGUGACAGAAAGGAGUGGGCAGUACGAGAAGAGUGAGCAGCAUGUGAAGAGUGGGCAGCAUCAGGCGAGUGGGCAGCAUCAGGCGAGUGGGCAGCAUCAGGCGAGUGGGCAGCAUCGGAUUAUGCGGCCUUCGAAGUGGUGGCGGUGGCUGCGCACCACAGAGGAGGGCGAGGAGACAGUGAGGAGCAUUCUGAGGCAGACGUUGCUGGGACUUGCUGCGUUGCAAGCGCGCAACAUUACCCACAGGGAUAUUAAGCCAGAGAAUAUCAUCCUGAAGCCUCAUUAUAGGAGGAAGAACAGCAGGUCAGAACCAGAGUGCUCCAAGGGAGUCAAGGAUGGGCAGACAUCGCAUGCAUCCACACCCGACUCCUCCUCACCAUCAGCCGCUGCAGGAGAAGUGCUAGCAGCAGCAGCAGGAGUUGGAGCAGGAGGAGCAGGAGAAGUAGGAAAAGCAGGAGAAGAAGUAGGAGGAGCAGCAGGGUCAUCCUCAACAGCCAGUGCAACACGUGGCCAUGAUCCUAUGGCAAACCCGCUGCCUGAUUUCAAUUCCGACACCCAUGUUCGGCUUCUUGACUUGGGCUCAGCUGUUGACUCGCACUCUGCGCGCUUCCUCUACGGGCCAACAGGGCCCUCCAGCGCGGAGGAGACAGAGCUCUACUCGCCUCCGGAGGUGCUGCUAUUGCCUCAAAACCCCCCAAGUGGUGGAGGUCCGGGGGAAGAAGCGGGUGCAUCUGGAGGGGCAGGGGCGGCAGCAGGGGGAGGGGCAUCUGGUGGAGGUGCAGCUGGGGGAGGUGUUAACUGCACGCGGAACAGCUCCAGCAGCAGUUGCUUCCACGUCAGCGCCAGGAUGCACUACGGCUACGACAUGUGGAGCGUGGGAGUGCUCAUGCUGGAGCUUCUCUUCGGCUCGCCACACGUCUGGUCUCUCCCUCCUCGCACUAAGGCUCUGUUGGAUCGAUCUCUGCAAGCGGCACGAUGGCCAGAGUCCGCCAGGAGAACAGCCUACCUCCUUCGCGCGUGGAUGGAGCUGUGCAUAUUCACGCCCACCGUCUUCGAAGCAGUGGAAGAAGAGCGCAUGGGUGCAGCAGGUGAAGAGGAAGGCACGCCUGCAGCAGGGGGAGACGACUGCAAAAGCACGGCUGCACAAGGGGAAGAGGGAGGCAUGUCGGACGGAAGAGAAGAGGAAGGUGCGCCUGCAGCAGGGGGAGAGGAAAGCGCGCCUGCAGCAGGGGAAGAGGAAAGCGCGCCUGCAGCCAGUGAAGGUGAAAUUGCAGCUGUGGCAGAGGCACAGGAAGACACGUUCUUAACAACGGGCCUGAGCGGGGGAGUGUCUCAAGGGAGUAAGGCCUGGAGCCAUCCGCAUUGGACAGCUGAAGGCACGGUCCAGAGGGCCAGGAGCAAGGAAACCCUAGGACCAGCUGCACUGUUGGCUCUGGGUGUCAACCAUGCUUCUGGCAGAGUUUCACUGGGAGCAGAGGGCAGCGAGCACGCAGCAGCACAGAACGAGUGGACCGAGGGGGAAGAGGAGACACACAGAGAGGAGGGGAGGGAGGACAAUGAGAAAGCAAAGAAAGAGGCGGGGGAGGUGGCGAGGGAGGGUGGGGCGGGUGGUGGACGAGGCAAGAAGAGUUGGGGCGUGCAGGAGCUGCUGCGGCUGCGCCAGCCGCACGUGGAGCGUGCACAUCCACAAGCAGGGGCAGGGGCAGUGGGUGAGAGGCUGCAGGGCGAUCAGCCGCAAGAAGGAGCCUUGGGGACUGUGCAUCCGCAAGCAGGGGCAGGGGCAGGGGUAGGGGCAGUGGGUGAGAGGCUGCGUUUGCACCAGCCACAUAUGGAGCGUGUGGGCCUGCAAGGAGGGACAGUGCACUUGGAAAAGCCAUUCAUAUCCUCUACAUCUGCGGCCUUCUCCCCUUCCCUGCCCUCCUCCUCCAGCUUUCCAUCCCCCUCACCAGCGUCUCUGACCUUCUCCAGCCGUUCUGGGGAGGGGCAUGAGAGUAGCAAUGAUGAGGCGGGUAGGAGGGAACACGGUGGUGGCGCUAGCCCUCAAGGCCGCAGCAGCAGCAGCGGCAGCGGCAGCAGCAGCAGCAGCAGCGGCAGCGGCGGCAGCAGCAGCAGCACUAUUGGCAGUGCCAGCAGUGGCGGCAGCGGUGGGGGUGGAGGGGAGUGGAGUGUGGUGGCGCCGUGGGAGUGUAGUGAAGCGAGCAUUGCUGCACAACUGAAACUCAGGGACCCACUCAAAAGAGGCUUGCCUAACAUCUUGGCCCUUCGCCUGUUGCGACGGCUGCUACAGUGGUACCCUGGCGACCGAAUCACAGCUCGUGAGGCUCUACAACAUGCCUACUUUCGAGCGGGACCACUCAGCACGAGUGCAUAGCAUGCAUGCGGUAAGAUAAGAGCAGAAAGAGCACGAGCGCCAGUGUACAGGUCUGUUACUCAGUGGUUCAAUCAGCAGUAGGGGUGACACGCUGACAGAGACACAACUGCUAGCGUUCAUAUAUAUAUCUGGUGUAUAUGCACUAUAGCCUAGCUAGGUGCAGAUUGUAGGGAGUACAACACCUAGAUACAAACUCUGUCCUCUGCUUGUGCUACUCAAUUCUUUCUCCUAUCUUGAUAACUAGUAGAGACAUGGCUAGGCUGUGGCUAACGAACAGCAGCCGUGAGGUUAGGAGUAGGGCCAUAUGCAGGAGUUCAGUGGCUAGAUUACGUACUGAAAGAGAGAUUAUGCAUUACACU